AUGCAUUUCUCCUCCGCUACGGCCCUGCUGGCCAUCUCUUCCCUCGGCGUGACCUAUGCCGCACCUGUCGCCAACCCCCAAGAGGAUGAUCUCGUCCGCCGCAGGGCAGCCUACAGUGUCGUGAACGUCGAUGGUGACUCGUCUUCUUCCACCCCGGCCACGCCCGAAGUUGACACGGUGAUUGAAACAGUUCAGUCAACUGUGACUGCCCCCGGUGCCGCUCCUCAGCCAGUGACCGUGACCGUGACUGCCACUCCUUCCAGCGGGCGUCCUUCGUCGUCCGUGGCCGCCAGCUCAAUCCCGUACUUCUAUGACCGCCAGGCCCCGGCUUUGCAAACCAACGUGCCCCAGUCGACCCAGUCUCCCUUUGCAUCGUUCGUUCGUCGCGGCCUGACUGCCGCUGGAGAUCCGGCUGCCUUUGCUCGCAGCUGGACCAGUUCUGCGGUAGUUCCCCCUGCUUCUAGCAUUUCUCUGCCCGCCGCAGCGCCUUCUCUUGCUGCGCGUCAGUUUGAGUACUCAUCGGCCCCCGCCAGCUGGCAAGCUCCUGUCCUUGCUCCCUCUCUCGUUCCUCGGGAGUUCGGUGGUCCCUCCUCUAGUCUGAAUGUGCCUGUUCCUGCUGUCCAGACGAGCCCCAUUGUGGCCCGUGGCUUCGGCAAUGCCUUCUCUUCCGGUGUGCCUCAGCGCCCCUCGGCCACCCUUGCAGCGCGCGGCUUCGGUGACUGGUCCCCUGCCGUGCCCGCUAUCUCCUCCGCGAGUCCCAGCAUGCCCUUCCAGGCUCCCUCUCUCGUGGCCCGAGCCUGGGGUACUCCCGUCGUCCCUAACUUGAGCACGCCCGUCGCCGCCACUCCCCUCGUCGCCCGAGGCUUUGGUGACGCUUCCAGCGCACCCCUCCCCACUUGGGCUGCUGCUUCCGGCGCCAAUGCGCCUGGCUCGCCCACUCCUAUUGUUCCACGGGCCUUUGGCGGCGAAUACUCUUCCAGCAUCCCUCUGCCCGCCUCGGCUACCCCCGUGCUCUACUAA